CGCCGUGGCGGGAUGGGGCGGCUCCGAGCCCGCGGCCUGGUCCUGCUCGCCUCCUGUCUGGUGCUCUGCGGGGCGCGCGGGGCGCUCGAAGCAUCUUUUUAUGGUGAAAGCUAUGUGGAGCUCCACAUGGUAGAAGUUUCCUCUGAGCUAUCUCUUCAAUUAAAAUUUCAAACCAGCAAGCCACAAGGGUUACUUUUCUUAGCAGCUGGGAAAAAUGACUAUUGCAUAAUAGAAGUUGUAUCAGGAACUGUACAGGUGAGAGUGAAUUGGGAUACUGGUGCACAAGCAGUCCUUUCUGAGCAAAGGCUUCAUGUGGAUGACUUGGGUUGGCAUUUGCUAGAACUGUACUGUGUUAAGGAUAAUAUUUCCUUGGUUAUUGACAAAUAUUAUGAGACCACUGGCAAAACAGUCAGUGGGAUGCAGAAUUUCAACUUUCACCAUGGAAUCUAUGUUGGAGGCCGAGGGGGACUCCAUGUCCAUUACCUAGAUGGAAAUCUACCUAACUUCCGUGGAUGUAUGCAGGAUGUGGUGUUGAACAAGAGGGAGAUCCUGAGGUCCCUUAGAUCUUACCCUGGUUUUAAGAAGAUCCAUGAGGUUUCCCUGGGAUGCAGUGAUGAGUUUUUUGCUGGUGAGGAUGAGGCUGUCAAUUUCUUUAGCUCUAGGUCCUAUGUCGUCUUUCCAGAAUGGAAGGUCCAUGGAGAAGGGCUGUUAGGAUUUGCUUUGCAAACUGGAACUCAGCAAGCUUUACUUUUAUUUCAGCCAGGUAGAGAAGGAAGUUUUGUUGCCUUGGAAAUAUAUGAAGGUCGGUUGCAAGCUCACGUAGGAAGGAGUGACAAUAAAUCUCAGCUUUCUUCUUUUAGCUUAGUUAGUGACAACGAGUGGCAUGUUAUUCAACUGAAGUUCAUGGGAAGGUAUCUGCACCUCCUGGUGGAUCAACAAGGGGUAAGGGUGUUGCUGCCUUCACAAAGCAUACCGUUUGUAUCUCAAGGCCCCCUGUUUGUAGGAGGUCUACAUGACCAAAUGUGGGGGCAGGUGAAGAGAUUAGAACUUGCCUCUGUGAAGUCUGCUCGUGGAAUCUCUUUGAAAGGGUGCUUAAGAGGCUUGAAAGCCAAUUCCGAAAAGAGAGCAUUAAGGGAUGCUCUUGUUUCCAAAGACAUUUCUACUGGAUGCAAAGCUAAGGGUAUCAAUAAUGCAAAUCCUUCUUGGACAACAGCAACAAGCCUGCCUCCCUCAGAAUUAUCCUAUUCCACUUCAGUCACCCAAACCAUCAAGCCUUUUCUUCCAGAAGAAAGUAGCUACAGUUUGGUUUUGAAUAACUUGGAAGUACAAGAAGGUGGACGAGCCUUACUAGAAGAAAAGCAUAUGAAGGUGAAUGUGGAACUUAAUGAUCUGAAUAUCAAUGAUUCUCAAAUACUAUUUAAAAUAGAGGACAUGCCUACUCAUGGGUUCCUUCAAUUAGAUGUUUCGCCUCAGCAAGACAUGGAAAAAGUUUUCACUAUUUUGGAUUUGUGGCAAGGGAAAGUGUGGUAUGUACACGAUGGUUCUGAAGAUCCUAUAGAUUAUUUCACAUUUUUGGUCUAUUCCAGCACCAAGAACGAAAUACCAUUAUAUCAUCCGGGUAGUGUUCCACAUGUGUUUAACAUUACUGUCAUUCCAGUGAAUGACCCCCCGCAUCUUAAACUCCCAGAAGGAAACUUGUUUCUCCUGUUUGAGAACUCUAAAAAGCAACUGACCCCAAAUAUAAUCCAGGUGGCAGACCCGGAUACUGAUUCUUUGAGUCUUAGUUUCUCAGUCCUUGGCAACUUCAAUUCAGAGGCUGGGUAUUUAGAAAAUGCCAGUGAUCCUGGGAAAAUCAUUCUUGGAUUUACCUAUGUGGAUUUAAGAGAUGGCCAUGUUUUCUAUGUGCACAGGGGUCAUCAGAAUGCGCGGAUUGUUCUGAGAGCCAGUGAUGGUGAGCUGGUUAGCAAUACUGCAGUAUUACGAGUCAUGGCUGUUCCUUGGGACUUUGAAGUGGCCCACAGAACUGGUGUGGCUGUUCUACAGGGUGGCACUGUUCUGAUUACCCAAGGUAACUUGUCUGUGGAGGUCAAUGGUGAGCAACAUGAGAUGGAGACCCAUUAUGUUAUUACUCGUUCACCUCAAUUUGGCCAGAUUGAAUGUAAAGGCUUAGAUGGAGAAUGGAAACAAGUUAAUACCUUUUCUCAGCGUUCCAUUGACCAGAGUCGAGUCCAAUAUCAUAGUACAUUCAAAGAACUGCAGCAAGAAAACAUUACAGAUCACUUUAAGUUUAAAGUUCAUGUAGAAGGGAAAAUGAGCAAAGAGCUCAUAUUUCCUGUGACCAUAAAAUGGCUAAAGUUCACACUGCUGAAGAAUGUACCUCUAGAAAUCAGGAACACACACAAACAAGUAUUAAAUGCUGAACAUUUGCAGGCUGCAACCGAAGGUGUGGAAGUAGCUGAGAGCGAACUACAUUUUAAGUUGCUGGCCCCACCUAGGAGAGGAAAAUUGCUACUUGGCAGGAAAGUUCUUAAAAGAAACUCAAUCUUCAGCCAGAAAUAUAUUAUAGACUCUAAAAUAAGUUAUGAACCUAAAGAUAGUUCAAGAGAAGAUUCACAGGACACUUUUAGGUUUUUGAUUCUUGCAGAACACAUAGAAUCAAAAGAGUAUACUUUUAGGAUAAAUUUCAAGGCAAAUAAGACACAUAUUACUUUAACAAACAAAAAACUAUUUGUAAAAGAGGGAGAAAGAAAGCUAAUUACAAAAUCAGACUUAUUUACUCCAACCUGGGGCAAUCAGAUUUUCCACUAUCAAGUCACCAAGAAUCCUCAACAUGGAAGGCUGACAUUGAUGAACUUUUCAGAGUCUCUGGACAGUCUUGACAAUAUUACUGCAUUCACAGAUCAAGACAUCUUGGGUGGGAAGCUCAUGUAUAUUCAUGAUGAUUCUGAGACCCAGUGGGAUGAAUUCUUUGUUGUGGCCUCUGCCAAAGGUCCAGGCCAGGAGAGCAUGGCUGGGGAUCUUGACUCAGAGCCUUUGUCUACAGAAAUCAAAGUGAGCAUUUCUGUUGAGAUGAAGAAUGAUGAGAGGCCAGUGCGUGUGGUGGAUAAGGUGUUUCAUGUUGUGCGGGGCAGCCAGCGCUUACUGACCUUGGCUGAUCUCUGUUACCAUGAUCCUGAUGUAGAUUUCGAUGAUGGAUCGCUGCUGUACAUCCGACGAGGCAUCCCCAAUGGGGACUUGGUCCGAGCCAGCCACCCCAUGCAGAAGCUCUUCCAGUUCAGGCAGGAGGACCUGCAGGAAGGGCGUGUGCUCUUCAGACACCAAGGUGCCGACUCUGCCCGCUUUGUGCUGUUUGUGACAGAUGGCAUCCAUUACACACCUUCCUUUCUUGAGGUCAGGGUGUCAGACCCCUACGUCCACAUAGCCAACAACACAGGGCUUCUGGUGCAGAGAGGAAAAGCCAGUUACCUCACCACAGCAAACCUGAGUGUCACCACAAACCAAGAUGUUCGAACAGAUCUGGAGGUAGUGUUUCACAUCAUGGUGCCUCCAAACCAUGGCAGAGUCCUUGUCAAUGAUUCUGUAUCCUACUCAUUUUCCCAACACGACUUGAAGCAGAGAGGUGUGAUGUAUAAGCAUGAUGGCGGUGGCAACUUUGACAUGUUCAACCUGUCGGUGAGGGUUAAAGAUAUAGACUUAGAAGUGGGGGUCUCCAUUCAAGUGUCUUUGGAAGGCCAUCAGUAUCCUGCUCAGACUCUGCACAGCAAGACCUUUGUAGUUGAAGAAGGAAAUUCUGUCAAAUUGAGCCUCCAGGCUGGGAACAAAGACAAUCUUCCUUCAGAGCUAGUGUUCACAGUCAGAACUCCACCCAUGUAUGGAUAUCUGAAGAAAUUUACACAAGAAGGCAACAGCAUGGGUAGGGAUGUGAAUCUCCUUUGGAGUUUUACACAACAGGACAUGGAUGAUGGCAGUAUCCUUUAUGUACAGACGUCUCCUGACCAACAACAGGAUCGUCUCUUCCUGGAUGUGACUGCUGGUCCCCAUGUGUUAAGUAAAGUAGAAAUCCUGUUCCACAUCGUCCCCAAGUGGAUUCCCCUGGAGGUACAGAACUUCACAGUUCCAGAAGGUGGCUCCAGGGCCCUUCUGAAAGACUACCUCAGAAUUCCAAGCCAGUACUUUGAGACAUGUGAAUUUGUUCUACUUGAACCACCUAGACAUGGAUAUGUUGAAAGUUCAACUUUCCCAAGAGUGAAGUUAAUGAAAUUUACCAAGAAACAGGUGGAAAAAGAAUUGAUUUAUUAUGUUCAUGAUGACAGCGAAGAGCUUCAGGACAAUUUUACCAUCUUUGCAAAUAGCUCAGCACUUGGGAAACAGAGUGCUCCCCAAACUAUUUUUGUGACCGUUGAAUCUGUAAAUGAUGAAACUCCAGUAAUAACAACGAAUAAGGUCCUCCAGGUGUGGGUGAAUUCUGUCACAGAGAUGACCAGAGGUGACCUGUGUGCAGAAGAUGAGGACUCCUCCCCGCAGGACCUGCUCUACUGCGUCACUCCACCCAGUAAUGGGCAUCUGGCUCUCAAGUCUCUUCCCAGCCAAAGCAUCCAGAACUUUACCCAGGCACAAAUCAACGAGGGCCAACUAGUGUUUGUACAUGCCGGAGCAAUGUCAGGAGGUUUUAGUUUUCAGGUUACCGACGGAUUGAACAGUGCGCCUCGACAAAUCUUUAGCAUCACAGCUCGUGCUCUGAUCCUUAGCUUAGAAAUAAACAGAGGUCUGAGCAUCUUUCCAGGAUCCACAAAGCCCUUUUCAUCUCGUGACCUGAAAGCUGUGACCAAUGAUGAGAGUACAGGAAACAGAACUAUAACGUUUACAGUUGUAAGUUCCCCUAGACUUGGGAAGUUGCUGAGAAUGAACGCUGACAAGAGCACUGAGGAUGUUUCCAUUUUUACCCAAUAUCUGGUCGAUGAAGGGCUAAUAUUAUACCAGCACACGGAUCAUGAGAAUACUGGUUGGACUGUGGAAGAUUCAUUCACAUUCACAACAUCCUCCCCCCCAGCAGUUCUGGGCCCUGAAGAAUUCCAUAUUACCAUUUCAUAUGAAAUGAAUGAGUCUGGCUGGCAGAGUCGUCUGUUUGCAAAUACAGGAGCUGCUGUCAAGGAGGGAGACAAAGUUCUGAUUGACCAGUCUAAGUUAGAUGCUUCCAACCUUUUAUUUCAAUUACCUGAACUUCAGCGCUCUUCCUAUGAAAUCUGGUACCAGGUUACAUCCCUUCCUCACCACGGAACCAUUAUGAUUGGAAACAGAAAUAUCACCAAAGGAAAACCCAAUUUCUCCCAGUAUAUAAUUAACAAAUUUGGGAUCUUAUACCUUCAUGAUGACUCUGAAUCCUUGACUGAUAAUUUUACCUUUGCUGUUUGGCCAAACCAAAAGAGCAAAUCCACCACCAAGCCAGAGGCUGACUGUCUUGAAGAGAUGUUUAACAUCACCGUUAUUCCUGUGAAUGACCAGGCACCAGAAUUAAAGACAAAAGGGCUUCGGUUGGAAGUUCUGCAGGGCAGUAGGUUGGUUGUGGGACCUGAAAUCUUGAAAGUGGAAGAUCUGGACAGUCCUCCAAAUGAAAUCAGGUAUACGAUCAUCCGUAAUCCUAAUAAUGGCUUUUUGGCAAUGGCUUACCACCUGGACAUGCCUGUUCACCACUUUACACAAGCUGACAUUGAUAACUCUCAGGUGUGGUUCAUACAAGAUGGGCGACCAUGUUCUGGGAUGUUCUACUUUAGUGUGACUGAUGGUGAACACCACCCUCUCUACAAGCUCUUCCAUCUGGAUGUCAUUCCCAUCUCCAUCACCCUUGUGAACCGCACAGAUCUACGUCUCCCACAAGGCCAGACAACUAUUCCCAUCACCAAUGCUCACCUGUCAGCAGUGACCAAUGGAAAGAGCUCUCAGAUCAUCUACAGAAUGACAUGGCCGCUCCAACAUGGGUGGCUGCUAAUUGAAAACCAGGAGGUCACCAAUUUUGGACAAGAGGAUUUGGAUUUGGGAAGACUCUUUUACCAUAUGACAAAUCUCACGGCCUCAGAGGACCAGCUACAGUUCUCACUGUUUACACUAGAAAGCAACCUGACAGGACAAACACUGGGCAUCAGAGUCCAGCCUCUACUACGGGUUACAUCAAACCUAAAAAUUGUCAACAAAGUAGCCCAUCAGCUGAGGAGGUGGGACCUCAAUGCAACUGAACUUGCUAAUCUGACUAAUAGUGACCCCACAUUUGAAGUGACAGAACCCCCUGUGCAUGGAAGACUUAGGCGAAGAGCAGCUCACGGCAAGAUGGAGGAAGAUGCUACUCUGUUCACUCAGAAAGACAUUGACCAGGGGCUGUUGGUGCUGGAAUCAUAUGCUAAUCUAACAGGCACUGAGGUGCUAAAUGACUCCUUUACUUUCUUGCUCAGGGCCAACUAUGUACAACCAGCAAAAGGUUAUCUCCCCUUCUCCAUUGUGCCACCUGAUCCCUUACUUUUGCAAAGCUUUACACCAGAUGUUCCUUUAUUAUUCACUGGAGAUAACCUUGUGACCUCAGUUUUCAUUCAGAAACAGCCUGUGGUUUCUUCAGAAUCCAUGACACAGACAGAAACUAUAGGGACUCUGACCCAGACCAAAUGGCAAGGAGCAGAUCCCUGGGGGCAGCACCAUGGCAAAGAGCCAAGUGUGAAUGAGAAGGUCUCCCCCACCAGAAUCCUUUGGUUACCAGCUGCCACCCAAGUCAACCCUGGGGUAUCCACUCAGCCCACAGACAGCAGUUACCCCUUGAUGGUCAUCAUACCCCUGACUGCUGUGCUCCUCCUGCUAAUAGUGACUGUCGUGGCCUUUUGUGUCUGGCUGCUAGGCCGGAAGGAGAAGGCAAAACCCCUACUUGAGCCCCAGCUCAACCUAGAACCUACAAUCCCUCGUUGCAGACCAGAAAGGAGUGUAAGCAUUCCCACUGUCACAGUGACACCCGUUCUAAGAAGCCCCAGCAGUCUCCCAGCCAUUCUUUUCAGGGUCCCAGAAUGUGAGCCAAUGGCCUACCCAGCAGCUGAGCCAAUGAAAACAUGUGCUCCUUGGGAGUCAUGGGCGAACCUACAUCCCGAUAUGGCCAAACUCUGUCGACAAACCAACCCAACACUAAAGCAUAACCAGUAUUGGGUGUAGAUGGAGGCUCUUGUACUGUGGUCCAGGCACUAGGAUAGGCACAACAAUACAGGAAUGCUGGUUGAAGCAAAGAAAGCCAGGCCCUAGUUUUCCUACUCAGUGCUCAGACAUAGCCUGGAGGAUGGGAUAGUCCUCUACAACACUGGUGGGUUUUUCCUGGGCAUUGUAUACCCUUCUCUAGACCAGAUUUUUUAUACCUAAGUUUUUGUAAGUAUCUAAGCCAUUUGCUAAGGUGGUACUGGACAUGGUAGCCCACUGAAAACAGCAGUAUUAACUUAGGACAUGGGGUUUAAGAAAACAAGGCUUUAGGUGUUUUCCAUCAAGGAUUUUCUGCAUUAGUCAACAGGAAGUGCAAGAGUUAUCUCAGCAGCAGAAGUGAUUUAUAACAUCAGUGUGUUUGCCAAUGUAAUAUUUAUCUAUAAUGUCUUUUCCUCCUUGGACACCCACUGGGUUUAGUGUCCUUAAUGCAGGGAAUGCCUUGCUACUCCAGAAAGUGAGACAGUCUGACCUCCUUCAAAGCUAUUCACUGAUUCUAUUGUGUAUAAGCAAGAAGCUUGUCUAUACAGAUUGUUAAAACCAAGCUGAGUUUAAUAGAAAUACUAUUUGAAGCCUUAAGGGACAGAAAAGUUUGCCUCAGCUUUACGUUUAAAGUGACAAAUUUGUGUUUGUGUAUGAAUUGUCUAAUUGAGCCUGACAUUGGUUGACUAAGCAUUAAUUUGUGUAACUAAAAUGAAGGUAUUAGUACUUGUAUUAGGAAUACUAUAGGCUAAAAAUCACAAGACAUCCACUACAAGUGUUUUAGAUUGGGGAUUGGCAAUUUUUUUCUGAAACAUAGUCAAGACUUUAGGCUCAGUGGGUCACAUAGCCUCUGUCAGCAUU